CUCAUUAAAGCACCUGGGUGUGUCCCUCUCACCUGCAGCCCACCACCAUGCCCCUGAACGCCGGAGGCACCGGCUACGGCAGCGUUGCCGCCCCGGGACUCUCGGCCAGCGUAACCGGUUCAGAGACGGCGUCUCUGCUCGUGUCGGACCUCGAACCGGAACAGCAGUGGCGGCCCAUGAGCAAGGAGGACCUGGAGUUGUCUGCUGGGGGACCCGGCUGGAGGAGGGUGCGCUGCUACCUGGUGGUUCUCUUCUGGCUGGCCUGGUUGGCGAUGCUAGCUAUCGCCGUGGCCAUCAUCGUGACCAGCCCACGGCCGGUGCCUGCCCGGCUGGGCUGGUGGCAGAAGUCGCUGUUUUUUCAACUUCAAACGGGGCCCCGACCUGUGGAGUCAGGGGCUAUCGACGCUCUGCGUGAGCAACUUCCCUACCUCAAGUCUUUGGGCAUCAGUACUCUCAUCCUGAAGGGAUUGUUUGAACAGUCUGCAUCCUCGGUAAACGCCACCGGGAGCGGGCAACGGUCUGGAACGCUGCCCCAAAUCCAGCACCUGCUCAGCGAGAGCGACAAAGCAGGCCUCAAAGUAGUGCUGGACGUGUGUGGCGUGCAGCUUUUUGAGCCUCAGGAUGACGUCAAGCAGCAUGUACUUCGCUUCUGGUUGGGGGAGGGAGUGGCUGGAUUUUUAAUCUGUGACACGGAUGAAGCCUAUUCAGAAGAAACUCUGUUGACAUGGAGAAACAUUAUGGAGGGGUUCAGUCAAGACGAAGAAAGGAUAAUCGUGGUGAAACAAACUGGAGACCUUCUUCCUCCUCCAAGAGGCUCCACCCAGGACCAGCUCAACAUCACUUUGGUGGAUGUGGUCAUGAGGUCGGUGCUGCCAGCUUCACCUCACCCGCUGUCUGCUGAUGAAGUGGCCACUGCCAUUGAAAGCCACCUGACCACACCUGAACACACGUGGCUCGGCUGGCAGGUUGGAGGGAAAGCGCCCUAUGACUUGAAGAAACUACUGCUGGUGUUGAUCAUGACCCUGCCGGGGACGCCUGCACUCCAGUAUGAGGAGCUGGACCCGACACAGAGUGUUUCUCAACAUGAUGGUUCGUUGCAAGGAGCAAAUAACAGUGAAUCAUCAGCAUCAGACUUCCAUGCAGACAAAGUAAAGCUGCGGCAUUCCUUUGCGGCUCUCCUCACCUCCCUCAGUCACAUCAGAGCCCGAGAGGAGGCGCUCCUCUUCGGAUCCCUCACAUUCCUCCCCUUCAACACCUCCUCCUCCACAAACUCCACCCCGUCCCCCAUACUGGCCUUCCUGCGCUCAUGGGGAUGCGUCCACUUCCUGGUUCUGCUCAACAUUGGGGCCGAGCCUCACACCCUGGAUACAGCCUGGGCCCCCAGCCUGCCCGAGGCGGGGGUAUUUGUGUCCAGCUCUGGAGUAGAGCGCUUGGGGGCCGUCACCCUAAAGACGCUGGUACUGCAUCCCCGUGAGGCUGUAGUCGUCAAACUGUUUGAGCCGGGAAGCUACUCGUGAGAAAAUAAUUGUAUUAUUUAUGGUGAUUGACAAUAAAAUGAUGAAAUCCUCA